AAGUCUGUGUUUACGUAGGGUCCUAGUUGCACACGUUUGAUGAUCGUGACUUCUGACUGCGAGCAAUAUCUGCCAAUAGCUUUGAUUUAAAAAAUUGAAUUGACACCCAGUAAAGUGUACACUAUUUCCACACUCAGCUUGUUAAGGUAUAUUUUAUGUUAUGCCUGGCAGAAGGAAGAAAACAGUUGAGAACGGAGUCGGCGGCGAUGCUGCCGCCGUGGAGAGGAAGGUGAAAGAGGAAGAAGAGGAGCAGGUCGUGAGUAAUGGUUCGGGAGAAGGAGAAGGUAGCGUCGACCUCACGUGGGAAUGGCAAGCAGACGGCGGAGUCUGGACGCCGUUUUCGAAGGCGGACGUCACGCAGAUUAACAACGCGCUGCAGCGAGGACAGCAGGAGGUGACGAUGACGGCGAACAACAAGGUGAAGUUCACCGUGAGAUUUGCGCGCAUGGUGCAGAAGAACAAGACGACGGGAUGGGAGCGAGCGAUCCGCUGCGCCGUCGUCGACGCCGACGACAACGCAGGUAAGCUGACGAAGGAUCAGAUCAAGGCCGGCUACCAGGCGCUGAAGAACGUCGACAAGCUCAUCCGCAAGGGUCAGACGACGGGGUCGGCGAUCGUGCAGGCCUGCAACGACUUCUACACGAGGAUACCUCACGACUUUGGGAUGCGACAGCCUCCGAUCAUCCGAACCCAGGAGAUCCUCAAGGCAAAGUUGAGUCUACUUGAGGUGAAUCCGCCCGUACCUAAGAAGGCGAAAUCAUCAAAGAUGGCCGACAGAGUGAAGAAGGAGGAAGCGGGAGAUGUGGAAGAGAGUAAACUCAAAACUGUGGUGAUUAAAGGCAAGGCGCCGAUGGAUGCUGAGUGUACGGAGAAGCUUGGCAAGGCCCACGUUUACUACGAGAGCAACGACGUCUAUGAUGCCAUGCUCAACCAGACCAACCUGCAGGCAAACAACAACAAGUACUACCUGAUGCAGCUGCUGGAGGAUGACUCGCAGCGAUCGUACAGCGUCUGGUUCCGCUGGGGACGAGUCGGCAAGAAGGGCCAGAGCGCGCUCGUGCCGUGCGGCCCCGACCUUCGCGAAGCCAAGGACGUGUUCACGCGCAAGUUCACCGACAAGACGAAGAACGAGUGGUCGGAACGACGCAGCUUCGUCAAGGUCGCCGGCAAGUACGACCUCCUCAAGAUGGACUACUCGUCUGGCAGCGUCGAGAAAGAAGCGGAGUCUGCGGCGGCGAAGCGCAAGGGGGCGCCACCGCGCAAGGAGGUGGCGUCGCGGCUGGACGAGAAGCUGCGAGUGCUCGUCGAGCUCAUCUGCGACGUGCGAGCGAUGGCACAGACGGACACGCGCUCGCAGGAGACGCACGCGAUACACCGAGUCAAGUCAGAAGGAACGUCAGAAGUGUCCUUUAUAGGCAGGUGUUCAUUCUAUAGACGUUUCUCUCACCCGGUCACCGGAUACAUGUUUGGUAAAGGCAUCUACUUUGCCGACAUAUCCAGCAAGAGUGCAAACUACUGCUAUGCGAACAGGACACACGAUGAGGGAGUGCUUGUAUUGUGUGAGGUGGCGUUAGGAGAAUGCAAUGAGCUGCUAGUAGCAGAUUAUGAAGCUGACAAACUGCCUGAAGGCAAGCACAGUGUCAAGGGGCUGGGAAGCGUGGCGCCCGAUCCAAAGGACAACUGCCUUACGGAGGAGGGCGUCACCGUACCGACGGGCUUUGUUCUUGUCAUAGUUGUUGUGGGAAUAGUCACCGUGGUGAUAGUUGUCGUGUUGAUAAUCAUCAUGGUAAUAAGAGUCGUUGCCAUAGUCGUCAAGGUCAUAGCGCUCGCUGACAUCGAGGUGGCGAUCAGGAAUCUGCAGAAGAGCGCGGACGACGCCCUGCACCCCGCCGACCAGAAGUAUCGCUCGCUGUCGUGCGGCCUCACCAUACUGAAGCCAACGUCAGACGAGUACUCGUUAAUUAAGAGAUACCUGCUGAACACGCACGCGCCGACACACAGCCUGUACCGCAUGAGGCUGCUGGACGUGUUUGAAGUGAACAAGGAUGAGGAAGCUGAGAACAUGAAGCCUGACGUGGGCAACAGGUAA